AUGGAAAAGUGCGAGUCAGUAUUUUUCUGUGGCGAAAUAACGCGACAUCCUGACGAAAAGAUGAAGCUCCAAGAGAAGAAGAACAAAAUAAAAGCAUUAGAAACAUCAGCAACUAAAGUUGAACAAGAACUGAGGUCUAGGGAAGCAGCUUUUGAUACAGAGCAGGGGUCUGUAAACAAACAACUAGAAGGCAUGCUACUCAAAGAAUACCCUGAAGAAUAUGUCCAAAAUAAUGCAAGAAAUUGGCUGAAAAUUCAACAGGACAUUGCGUUUGUGAAGAAAUCAUUAAAGGGCAGUGGACUGCCUCGAUGA